AUGGCGAGAAUAACUUUGGUGUGGUUAUUGCCCAUGUUGUGCACGAUUCAGUGUAGCUGGGCCUUUUAUUUGCCGGGUCUAGCACCCGUCAAUUAUUGUAAGGCUGAAGAUGCUUCAGAAACGUGUAAAUCUGAAGUUAAGCUGUAUGUGAAUCGUUUAAAUACAGAGAAAUAUGUGAUUCCAUAUGAAUAUCAUCACUUUGACUUCUGUCUUUCUGAUGAAAGUCAGAGUCCUGUUGAGAAUUUAGGACAGGUAGUUUUUGGUGAACGUAUAAGGCCUUCCCCUUACAAGAUAAACUUCUUAGAAGAUAUAAAAUGUAAGGUUGCCUGUGAAAAAGUAUACAAAGGUGGAGACUUAGAAAAAGAAAAAAAAUUAGAAUUUUUAAAGAAAGGAAUGGCACUUAACUAUCAACAUCACUGGAUAGUUGACAACAUGCCAGUCACCUGGUGUUAUCAAUUAGAAGACGAACGACAAUAUUGCAGCACUGGAUUUCCUAUGGGCUGCUUUUCUCGAGAGCCAAGAACUCAGCAAGAUACCUGCAGUAUAAAUGGCGCGUAUAACAAACCGAAUACCUACUACCUCUUUAAUCAUGUAGACCUUACAGUUACAUACCAUAGUGGUGCUGAAGAAGAAUGGGGAUCUGCAUUCAAAGAGAACGGUGGACGGAUAAUUUCUGUUAAAGUGGUACCUAAGAGUAUCAGACACAACAAUGGCGUUAACUGCGAAAGCAAACUGCCCUUAGAAAUACCAUAUGCACCACUUCCAGCUGGCCAAAAAUUAACUGUCACGUAUACGUAUUCCAUAACGUUUACCGAAAACAGAACGAUCAAAUGGUCAUCCAGAUGGGACUAUAUUUUAGAAUCUAUGCCACACACAAAUAUCCAGUGGUUCAGUAUUCUUAAUUCAUUGAUAAUUGUUCUUUUCCUUUCUGGUAUGGUGGCUAUGAUAAUGCUUCGAACGCUGCACAAAGAUAUCGCACGAUAUAAUCAGAUAGAAUCAGGAGAAGACGCACAGGAAGAGUUUGGCUGGAAAUUGGUCCACGGUGAUGUAUUUCGACCUCCUCGUAAGGGAAUGCUGCUCUCUGUUUUGCUUGGGUCUGGUGUACAAGUAUUCUACAUGACUCUCGUAACGCUUGCAUUUGCUUGCUUGGGAUUCCUAUCACCGGCUAACAGAGGCGCAUUAAUGACUUGCGCCAUGGUCUUGUACGUUUGUCUUGGGACUACUGCCGGCUAUGUAUCCGCUAGAAUAUAUAAAAGUUUCGGCGGCGAGAAAUGGAAGUCGAAUGUACUGCUUACAUCCAUGUUGAGUCCUGGAAUCGUGUUCAGCUUAUUCUUUAUAAUGAACUUGAUUUUCUGGGCAAAUGGAAGUUCAGCCACGGUACCUUUUAGUACUCUUAUCGCACUUCUGGCUCUUUGGUUCGGAGUAUCGCUCCCAUUAACAUUCAUCGGCGCUUAUUUCGGAUUUAGGAAAAGGUCUUUGGAACAUCCCGUAAGAACUAAUCAGAUUCCUCGGCAAAUACCGGAACAAAAUUUUUAUACGCAACCAAUACCCGGUGUGAUAAUGGGUGGAGUUCUGCCAUUUGGAUGUAUAUUUAUACAAUUAUUCUUUAUACUCAAUUCUUUGUGGUCGAGCCAAGUAUACUACAUGUUUGGAUUCCUUUUCUUGGUAUUUCUUAUUCUCGUUAUCACAUGUUCAGAAACGACGAUAUUACUUUGUUAUUUCCACCUUUGCGCGGAGGAUUACCAUUGGUGGUGGCGCAGUUUUCUAACAUCCGGUUUCACUGCUUUUUAUUUAUUAGUUUACUGUAUACACUUUUUCAUGACCAAGUUGGAUAUAGAAGAUGCUACGUCUACGUUCCUCUAUUUUGGCUAUACUUGCAUUAUGGUUUACUUAUUCUUCCUUCUGACAGGUUCGAUUGGUUUCUUUGCCUGCUUUUGGUUCGUGCGCAAAAUUUACAGCGUCGUCAAGGUCGAUUAAUAUAUCGGCAAAUGGUACGCAUUCAAAUAAAGUGAAUGUGGUGUGAGUAAAUAAUAACAAAGAUGAGUGACAGCCAUACGAGCAUUUUGCUCUUUUUAUGCACGAGUGUUUUAUCUCGGAGAAAAAAAGAGGCCAAUAAUUGUGUCCUUAUCUUUAUGGAAGCUUGACAGUACGAUUCUGGUUUCCAUUACUAUUUACUAUUCUUUACAGAUUCCUAUAAGGUAAUUAAAAAACGACGAUUUACAGGCUGGCACUAAUUUCUCUAGAUUCUAAAAGCCUGUUUGACAAUACGGCGCGACGAAUGAUUUAACUUUUUCUCCUUCGAAACACGUGCAUAAAAGGGGUCGUGAAUCAGGUCAUUAAUCAUUUGCUUUGUUACCUGAUAAUAUACAAAAGUUUGUAACCGAAUGACAUACAAAUUUAUCGAUACAGUCACUGUUGAAAUAUUCUUUAGUAUGAGUCAUUUUGAUAAUGUGGCGAACGUAUUGAGGCUACAAGAAUACGUUUUAUAAGUGUUACAAACGGAUUGAAGGCCCGGAAAACAGAAUCGACGGUGCGCUCGAAGACGCUGAAAAGAAUUGUCCAAAGCACAGAAAAAUCAGUAUUUUUAACUUAAAAGAAAAAAAUAACUAGCAUAUGUAUUUCAUCG